AUGAUGCCUUCGAGCACGUACAACAACGUCAAAUCGAUGCCGGCGCCCAUUCCACGUAUGUCAGUCGUUUUUGAGAACAAAACAAUAAUAGAACAGGUCGCAAAUUGGCUCGAGUUUUCAGCGCUUUGGACUCUGAGCUCGGUUCGAUUCCAGACGGCGUUGCUCAUUUCGGCCGCAUGUGUCGUGUUCGGCCUGAUGCGAACGUGCUUCGGAAUGGCGAUGGUGGAUAUUGUGCGAAGGUAGCGUCGGGGACGGUUACGGUAGUCUCUCUCUCUCUCGCAAAUCCGCACUAACUUUCAGUAGCAAUAGCAGCGCCCAGCACACCGAUUUGCACAUGGAUUGGAGUGGUGAGGAACAAGCCCGAAUACACACUUCCUUCUACAUUGGCGCCUUUUUCGCCGUUUUUCCGUCGGAAUUUCUCGCCAAAAAGUGAGUGCGUCGUCAGCUGAGACGACGAGAGAGUGCGGCGAAGUGAGAGAGCGAAGAGAAGAAAACGGAAAGUGAUGGGUUGCUGAAAUUGUUGUUCUUCUCUUCCUUUUGUAUCUAUUGUAACCGGAACUGGCCGGGGGAGGUGAUGGAAGUGCGCUCUGAUGAACUAAUUGAGUAGAUCUAGAGGUUGACAAUAGUCGUUCCAAAUUUGAGAGACAUGGCGCCCAGAUCAAGCAUCCAGAAGACCAUUCGAUUCCAGAAUGGGACCCAAGAACCUGCUCUCUUUUGCGCUCCUCCUCAACAUUGUCGGCUCGAUUCUGACGCCAUUUCUGGCGAUUCAUCUCAAAACCUACAUCCUGAUCGCCGCGGUCCGUCUCGUAAUGGGCUUUGGAUACGGUAGCGUAGGAUGUGCUCCACCAUCACCUACCGUAAUCCUUCAGGUUUCGUGAUCCCCGCCGGCAGCGUGCUCAUUUCCAAAUGGUUUCCCAUCUCGGAAAAGAGCACGGCGAUGGCGAUUUUCACGACGGGAAAUCAGAUCGGAAUCGCGUUCUCCAUGUUCUUGACGGCCAAACUCUGCCAGUUGAACGUCUUCGAGGGAUGGCCGCUCGUGUUCGUGGCAUACGGUAGGCGUCGGAUUCGACGACAAUUCACACAGAGCUUCUCUCAGGCCUCAUCGGAGCACUCUUUCUGAUCGUUUGGCACGUGAGGCUGGCGGAUAAGCCGAGGGAGUCAAAGUAUAUCACGGCGACCGAGCUGACCUACAUAAAGGGAGGAAAACAGAGAAGGUGUCGGGCGGAGACCGUCGUCAGGCCCACUCCUUAUCGAAAAGUUUGUUUCUCGAGAACUUCGAGAACAUGAUUCGUUACUUUAGAUAAUCCUAAACGGAUGCGUCUGCGCCAUUUGCGCCUGCUCAUUCGCCCAGAGUUUUGUGCUCGUCGCCCUCGUCACCUACCUUCCAAAAUACAAUCAGAUUGCUCUGAAGAUGAAUCUGACACAUGUAAGUGUCUCAUUACCUGUCGGAUUACUGUAGUGGAUACUUCAGAACGGCAUCUGGUCUUCCCUUCCGUUCAUCAUUCAAAUGAUCACCAAGCUGCUGUUCGCCGUGAUUGCGGACAAAGUGAAACAGGCGAAAGUGAAUGUGACCACCGUGACCAAGGCUUCGAAUGCGAUUGGUAACCUUUUUCUUGACCGUAUCUACAGUAUCCUCUUGCAGCCAGUUUCGUGAGCGCUCUGUUCAUCGUGCUGGCCGCGCUGGCUCCGUUCCAGAGCGCCGAGCUCGUGCAGCUGAGCAUCAUCCUCUCGAUGGCCGCGUUCUCCGCCUACGUGCCCGGCUACAACACCUCGAUAGUGACAGUAGCGCCACAAGUGAGUCUACCGUAACCCACCCACCUACCGUACCUCUCUUGUUUUCAGUUCACCGCAUUUAUUUCGUCGUACGGUCAGCUGUACGCACAGAUUGCGUCAACGCUGGCUCCAAUUCUUAUCGGUCGGAUUACGAGUCAUGUGAGAGUGCAUUAGAAAGACCUCCCCGCCGUCAUUUUCUUUCGUCAUUUCCAGGACACUGUGCAAGAGUGGAAGUUGGCGUUUUAUAGUUUGGCCGGCGUUUUGGCCGUCACCGGACUCGUUUUCCAAGUGUUCGGACACGGUAAUCAUAUGAAAUGGAGGAAAAUCGUAAUGAAUAAAUAAAACUGCUCAGGAAGAACGGAGGCGUGGGGCGAGACGCCGUCGAACGCGGCUUCUGCCCGAAUAUCCACGUCGUUGGCGGUUUGCGAGGACGGAAUGUGCAAAUUGACGCUUUUGGAGAAGCAUAAUCACGAUUUCCGAACAGAAUCCAAAUUGUCUUCGGAUUCAGGAGUGACGAAGAAAAAGGUGAGACUCAAAUUCUGUGAAGUGUCGUGGCGGUGUCUUACUCUUGAAAUCUCUUCAAGUUUUCAGUAGGCCGUGUCUUCCUACACCGCUACGACAACUUGCACACAUCUACCGUAAUCGCCCCGCCGCCACCUUUUUCAUUUCUUCGCUGAUUUUCAGGCGUCUCGGGUUUCGUACGCCGGCGAAGAAAUCAUAAUUCCGGGACGGAUAGAGGAUCUCGAAAACGAUGUCAUCUACAGUAUUGAGGAGGAGAAAGAGGAUGGACAUUGA